AUGGCUUUGCAUCUCUUUCGUGAUCAAUUUAGUUUACGACCAACAAGCACAAGAGCAACAGUUCCGGAUAAUGAUUUAGCUCGACUUAUGUAUUAUCUCAAUUGCGUAUUCAAUGCUAUUGAGUACAAAGAUCAAGAUGUACGACGCUAUCGUGACUAUCACAAUUGGUCAUUGCUUAGUGAUACUGAACAAAGAGCGGUACUAGUAUUUGCUUUAGCACUUAGUCCAAACGAGCUUGAUGGUCAAGUUUUUUUUCAUUCGGAUGAACUUUGUGGUGAUAGUAGUAAUAAAUUUUAUGAAUUAAGUCAAGUACGUCAUCAACUUUUAGCUGUUCAAUCAAUUGUCAUUUCUGGACAAACACAUAAUGUCAAAAAAAUUAUGACAUAUAAAAUGUCUUGGAUACAAAAUAACUAUAUUGAACCAGUGAAACGACUUACUUAUUAUUUCAAUCAACAACGAGAACGUCAAAUAGCUGCUGCCAGAGCUAAGUCUGCUCGAGUAACUUAUGCAUAUCAGAGUUCACCAAGCAAUUGUCCUACUUCAUCGGCUGAUUGGUGUAAAACUAAAGAGAUUGCUGCAGCUUGCGAAGUAACUAAACAAUGUGCGUCAUUUGUAUGGAAGGCUACGGAUAAUGAUCGUGUAAAUUUUACGAUUUAUUAUGAAGCACUUUGUGCUGACUGUCGUCAAUUUAUUAUUACACAAGUAUGGUUUGCAUAUCAAGCUGUAGCAGAUAUAGUUAAUUUAACUUUUAUUCCUUAUGGAAAUGCUCAUGAAGUUUAUCGACCUGAAACAAAACUUUAUCAAUUCUAUUGUCAACAUGGUCCUGAUGAAUGUUAUGCAAAUCUUAUUCAUACAUGUGUCAUUGCAUUGUAUCCAGAAACUCAACAACAUAUACCUUUCAUUUAUUGCAUGGAUUCCAUAGUAGAUGAUGUUGAAAAAGUAGCAAGACAAUGUGCAAAAAAUACAAGUAUUGAUUUUGAAAAAGUUGCAACUUGUACAAAUAGUCGAAUGGGCAAUCAAUUACAACAUACAUAUGCUGUUGAAACUGAACGUACUAAACCAACAGAAGGUUUUGUACCAUGGGUAACACUCAAUGGGAAUCAUACGAAAGAGAUUCAAGAUUUAGCAGAAACAGAUCUUAUUUCUCUUAUUUGUGAUACGUACAAGGGUCCCAAUCCACCAGCUCGAUGUAAGAAGAUAUUAUAA